AUGGGGGAGGGCAAGAAACACGAGCGCAGCGCGUCCUCGGACUUGUUGAAGCACCCCUCUACAAAACGGGCGAAGGAGGUCGAUUCUACAGACAACCCUUACAAGAAACUCAAAGAGCGCAUUGAAGCGCACUCCUCUUUGUCAAAUAUCAAACCACGCACUGUUCUGCACUGGUUCCGCUCGAAAGAUCUGCGGGCAGAGGACAACCGCGCGCUGCACGCCGCAUCACAGCAAGCGCGCGAAAGCGGAAGCACCUUAAUCACCUGUUUCCUAUACUCACCCAAAGAUCUACAAUGGCAUGGCACUUCACCCGCGCGGUCAGACUUCAUGUUCGAAUCUCUGCGUCUAGUGCAGGAACAACUCGACGGUCUAAACAUCCCACUUAUCAUCCUGGCCGCUGAGGAACGGGGCCAGAAAGGUGAGAAGAUCAUGGAGUUUAUUGCGAAAUAUGACGUCAGCCACGUGUACGCAAAUUAUGAGUACGAGGUCGAUGAGAUCCGGCGGGAUCUGGAUCUCCUCGAUCGCAUCGAAGCGGACGGAAACGUCCACUUCGACCUGCACCAUGAUCAGACUGUGGUCGAACCGGGGACCCUCCUCACAGGAUCCGGGGGUCCGCAUAAAGUAUUCACGCCGUACCAUAAGGCGUGGCUAAGUACUGUAUCCGAGGACCCAAGUCUCAUUGACACGGUUGGCCUGCCAUCUGCCAACGACAAAGCCGCGCGACAGAAAUUACAGGAGUUAUUUAGGUCCCAGAAGACUUUCCCAAGACUCCCCAAAGACAAAUUAUUCCCAUCCGAUGAAGAUCGUGAUCGAAUACGCGGUUUGUGGCCAGCAGGCCACGAAGCAGCCAUGAAACGUUUACGGAAAUUCCUAAACGAGAAAGUGGACUCAUACGCGAAGCACCGCUCCAUCCCGGCCGAGGACAACGCAUCGCGUAUGUCGGCGUACUUCGCCGCAGGCGUGGUAUCGGUACGGGAAGUCCUCUCCACAUCGCGCAAGGAGCGCAACAGCGGCAGCGCGGAUUUCUCGUCUUCAGGCAAUGAAGAGGGUCUCGCAGCAUGGGUACGCGAGCUCGUGUUUCGCGAGUUUUAUCGACAUAUGAUGGUAGUGACGCCGCACAACAGCAUGAACCUCCCGCAGAACCUAAAGUUCAACUUCGUGGAAUGGGAGGAGGAUGAUGAUGGAUGGCGCAAGUGGUGCGAGGGCACCACGGGCGUUCCCUUCGUCGACGCCGGCAUGCGCCAGCUGAUAGCCGAGGCGUACAUGCACAACCGUCUGCGGAUGAACGUCGCCUCGUACCUGCGCACGAACCUGCUUCUCGACUACCGCCGGGGCGAGCGGUGGUUCGCGGAGAACCUGGUGGACUGGGACCUAUGCAACAACACGCAGGGGUGGGAGCCGAGUUACACCGUCUUCAACCCCAUCUCGCAGGCCGAGAAAUGCGAUCCGCACGGCGAUUACAUCCGGAAAUACGUCCCGGAGUUGAGGGACGUGAAAGGGAAGGCUAUCUUCGAUCCUUUUCAUCGCUUGGAUAAGGACGCGUUCGAGAAGUUGGGUUACCCGAAGCCGCACGUGGAUUGGAAGCAGAGCAAGGAGAGGGCCUUGCAGCGUUAUAAACGGGACAUGGCGGAUGCUGACCCGUGA